GAAAAACUUUUAUUUUUGAAUUAUAUAUGAUACUGGAAUCUGUUUUCCACACGAGUUUCGUAAUAGCAUUUUACAGGAAAUGUAAUUCAAACUUGUGGUAAUGAAAUAAGAAAAGAACCCAGUUUGAUUGUAAAUGGUAUGAUGGCUCGACGCUCUUUCUUAAUGAUCAUAACUUGGUGUGGUAUUUUCACCACGUUGAAUCUACUGCUCAUGUUUAAGGAUAUAAAAACCACGAGGGAGUAUAUGAUGCUUUACCUCAGUAAUAUCAAGAUCACUACAAACAACUUUUCUUACGUAAUGAGAUAUGAAGAUCAUAAAAAAAAGAACAUCCAAAGUACAAAGAUUAAAGAGAACUCAUUGAAAGAUGGUUACCAGUUUCCAAAACAUCUAUGUUAUUCAGAAACAUUCAAUGAAAGCAAAAUGAAUGCAGUUUUUAAGGGCAGUAUAAUGCCAAUAUACAAGCACCAGCUUGCCUAUUGUAGAGUUUAUAAGGGAGGAUCGACAUUUUGGAGACGUCUUCUUCACUGCUUAGACAAAGACUUAAAAGUAUCCCCUUUCAGUAUAAAACCACAAGACGAAAAGGGAAAAUAUCGUCGUACUUGUGCAAUGAAUAGCAUGAACUGGACAUAUAACAUGUUAAGAGUAACAAAAAGUUUCAUGUUCGCCAGAAAUCCUUAUUCCCGGAUUUUGUCAGCGUAUAUCGAUAAAUUGUAUUCACCUAAUCCGUAUUUUUGGAAAACGCUUGGUGUCGUCGUUAUGAAAACAAUUCGUAAUAAAACCUCGUGUGGAAGUGAUGUUACGUUUAGAAGUCUGGUAGAGUACAUCAUUCAAACACCAAUAGAAAAUUUGGACGAUCAUUUUAUUCCCAUAAGUUCUAUAUGUAGACCAUGCAAUGUCCAAUAUCAUUAUAUUGGCAAAAUGGAAACUUUACCAGAGGAUGUCAGACGUUUUCUUGGGUUUGUAGGGUACUAUAGAAAGAACUUCAACCAGAUAUUAAGUAGACCACUUACUAAUUUGAUGCCAUCGCCUACAAACAAGAAAGGAUGCAAAGCAAGGACAAGAAUGCCAACAGCAUUACCACCUGUAAGAGCACCUAAUAGAAAUACUAGUAUAUUAAUCCCAGACUGUAGACAGAUCGAAUCUUCUGAUGAGGAGUCAGUGGAAUUGGUGAAUAUAUACCCGAUUGUGGGUGAUGGCAAUGACUCUUCCAUUAAAGACUCAGCAUCACAGCAAGGAAAACAGACUGAGGUAUAA